AAAAAUACUAAUAGGAAAUGGAUCCUAAUAACCAACAACCUGGUGGGAACCUCGCGCAUCUCCAAAACCCGAUGAUGCCACAGAACCAUGCCCAGCAACAAGUGAGGAGUGUGAGUUUGUCAAGGAAGAUCAAUGAAGUUGAGACUCAUAUCUUUGGAGAAGUUAUCCUUCUCCUUUUCUUUAGUAUUCUAUUGAUUGCCCAGCCCAACCAUAAAUGAGUAAUGGCAAAUAGGCAGCAAUUAGUAGUGUUCUGCAUCUAUCUCAUUGGAUUUAAGCUUCCGAUCAAUGGGAUCAAGAGCUAUACCCUCAGAAGGUACCAAAAGGAAUCUAUUGCAGGUCUUGGGUGAGGAGUCAUCUCCAAGAUUUUCCUGACAGGCUGGAUGAUCUACUCCUACAUUAACUUCUUCAAUAUUGGGGAUGAGGACACAUGUAGGAGUUACUGGUAUAUCUAUUUAUACCUUGCCUAUGGUUUCUAUGUCUUCUUACAAGCAUGAAUAUUUGUUUGAACAUUCAGUAUAAUCAUGGUGUUUCUCUGAAUUUACGCUAGAAGAAUCAAUAGACCAAAUUGGAAUGGAGCUAAUAACCAAAUAUUGGAUAGAUUAAUCAGGACAAGGUUCACCCCUGCAAAUUACAAUCAGAAUGAAGCUUGAUCUGUAUGCCUAGAGGAAUUUAAGGAAGAGGAUGAGAUAAUAACCUUACCAUGAAACGGCAGGCAUAUCUUCCAUACCCAUUGCAUCCUUGAAUGGCUUCCUCGCAACAAUGUUUGCCCUCUGUGUAAAGAACCUGUGUCUGUUGAGAAUAUUGAUAGGCAACAACAUGUUGAUGAAUAAUGUUUUCCGUGAUCUCACAAGUAAAUCGCAAUCUAAACUGAUGUUUCA